AAAAUGGCGACCAAAGUACAGUUCGCACUAGUCGUUAUGACAAUUUUCAUGAUAUUCCUAGAAGUGUUUGCGGGGAGGGACUUCUACAAAAUAUUAGAUGUGCCAAAGUCUGCAACAACCAAUCAGAUCAAGAAAUCCUACAGAAGGCUAGCCAAGCAGAUGCACCCUGAUAAAAACCAGGAUGAUCCAGAUGCUCAGGAACGAUUUCAGGACUUAGGAGCAGCUUAUGAGGUUUUAUCUGACGCGGACAAACGAAAGAUUUAUGACAAACAUGGUGAAGAAGGGUUGAGUAAGAGUGAUAUGGGCGGUCAUGACCCCUUCGCAAGUUUUUUUGGCGGUGAUUUUGGAUUUUUUGGUGGCGGAGGCCGACAGGAACAGGAAAGACCCAGGGGUGGAGAUGUUGUCAUGGACCUUGAAGUAACACUGGAGGAACUAUACACAGGGAACUUUAUAGAGGUGCUGCGAUACAAACCAGUAGCCAAGCCUGCGAAGGGAACACGGAAGUGUAACUGUCGAACGGAAAUGGUCACCCAGCAGUUAGGGCCAGGACGAUUCCAAAUGACACAGCAACAAGUCUGUGAUGAUUGCCCUAAUGUUCGGAUGGUACCUGAGGAGAGAAUGCUGGAGGUUGAAAUAGAGCCAGGAAUGAGGGAUGGACAGGAAUAUCCAUUUGUGGCUGAGGGAGAGCCUCAUAUCGAUGGUGACCCAGGAGAUCUCAGAUUUAAAAUUAAACAGCAAAAACAUGGACGUUUUGAGAGACGAGGAGAUGAUCUUUUCACGAACGUAACCAUCACUCUUGUAGAUGCUAUGAAUGGCUUUGAGAUGGACAUCCCUCACUUGGAUGGACACACGGUACGAGUUGUUCGUGACAAAAUCACCUGGCCAGGGGCAAAAAUGCGAAAACCCAGUGAGGGGAUGCCGAAUUAUGAAAAUAACAAUGUUAAAGGCAGCCUUUUUAUAACAUUUGAUAUUGAUUUCCCUAAGGGAGCAUUUACAGAAGAACAAAAAACAGUUUUAAAAGAAAUUUUACAACAAGAAUCAAAACAACAAAUAUACAAUGGUUUACAAGGCUACUAGCCUUAGGAUAACCUAGCUCAAUGUUCUAAUUGUGGAUAAGUACAUGGCCUGGAGAUGCUGUUAGACAAUCAAUAUAUGGAAAGCAGAAGCUGACCCACCGUUCACAUUCCAUUGUCACUAUUAUAAUCUGUUAGACUAUAGACAGCUGAGAGUUUUGUUACCCAUUUUAAGUUUUGGGGUGUUGUAUUUUGCCGGUUUUCAAAGCAUUAAUAUUCAGAUUCGUCUAGUCUUUUUUGUGUUUAGAAAACAUAUUGUAUAUCCUGUAAGGGGUUAUGACAUCAUUGUUUUUUUUCCAAUAUGCACUCUGAUUGGACUAAUGCGAUGUCAUUUAACCAAUGGUAUACAGCGUUACAAUUAACAGCUAUUCUAUCAUGCAAGCACACUUGAGCAAAUUUACUUGUGUGCCCUUCUCAUACAGGGUGAACACACACACUCAUCAAUGUGAUUAAUCUCUUAUUCUUGUGAUCUGUCAUACAGCCAAGACUUACUGUGUUCUGUUAAGAACAUUUAUUUGCAAACUUAUUAUAUAUUGUGAAAUCGUUAUGGCAACUUCAGGCAAUGUAUUUCAGCAGUUAUCGAAAUUAGACUUUUGGAUGAACAAGCCCGAAUUCUAACAUUAGGGCUUGGCAUCAAAACAUUUCAUUAAGCCCGGAAAGCAUUUAACAAGUGCAGUGAGUGCGGGCUUGUGCUAAUUUCGACCACUGCUCCUCUUAAUAUUAUAUUUUAAAUUGUUUUGUGAUCUGUACUUUUGUAUUAAGUUUACUUGACAUUUUAUGCCCUCAUCAGUCAUAAUAGUGUGUGUAUGAUUGUGCUGGUUGUUUUUGAACAAUAUGGAUAACCCAUAUGUAUUUGGGGUCAUAUAGUCAAGGUCAAGGUCAUGGUGACCUUGACUAAAAAAAUAUGGGUGCUCCUGACUUGUGACACAUGUACUGUAAUUCGCAGAAAUCUAGUUGAUUAAUUGGCAGUUUUUUUGCAGUGUCAUUGCAUCUUUAAGAUCCUGUACUUAUUUGUGAUGAUAGGGCAUGUUACAAUGAUAUAACAUUAUAAAAAGGUUACCUAUUGAGCAUAAUGUAAUUAUUGUACUAGUACUCUGGUACAUGUAUGCAGACUUAUUAGGCUAAACUCAUUAUAUUUGCACUCAAAGUUAUGACAUCAUAAUGAGGUUCCUUAUUUCAUUAUACUUAGUUGCUUUCAACUGAUGGAGACUUACCGUAGAUAAAGUUAAACCACAUUGUGAAAAUGGGAGUAAAGUUUGUAUUCUUUUUUGGAAAAUUGUUAUUUAUGCGAGUCGUCUGUAAAAUUCUCAUUUAGUUUUUCUGACAAGGUACAAAUCAUGUCAUGUAUAGUAUUUAGUUAAGUCAAGAAUUAUGAAUUUGUUACAUUACAAAUAUUUGUUGAUGCUGCUUAUUGUUUAUCAUAUUAUUAUGUAACAUAUGUUGCAGUAUCAGGCAGAGAUCAGGUUAAAAAACUCUUAAAUAAUCAGGGUCUGCACAGACUUGAAAAGUACUUGAAUUUUAGGCUGCUGGAUGAAAAGUCCUUAAUUUGCAAACAACUCCUUAGAACAACUUGAUUUUAUUUUGACUUGAAAAGUGCUUGUUUUUUUGGAAAAAGUCCUUUUAAUAAAUUUUCUUGUUCUGUUCCAAAAGUGUCUGUUAAAAAAAUGGUCCAUCUGUACAAAAAAAAGUUUGAUCUCAGUGGAUGCUUCGCUUUUAAUAAGUAUUUUCAUAGCUUGCUAUUAUUGAUAGUUAUUGAAAAUAUUUGUUAUUUUUGUAGUUUCUUAUUAAAUAUAGUCCUUGAAAGUCGAACAAAGGUCUAAAUUUCCUUCAAUAAAAGGUCCUUGAAAACUC